AUGGGCCUCACAGACCUCUCAGGAAUCAGGCGCCCUUUGUGCCCCAAGACGUGUCCUGCACAGAGCUGUCCCUGUGGCCCGACCCCGCUGGCCAACAGCUGCAAUGAGUGCUGUGUCAGGCAGUGCCAGAGCUCCACCGCUGUCACUGAGCCACCGGCUGUGGUGGUGACCCUGCCCGGGCCCAUCCUCAGCUCCUUCCCACAGAACACCGUGGUGGGAUCCUCCACCUCCGCUGCCGUUGGCAGCAUCCUCAGCUGUGACGGAGUGCCCAUCAACUCCGGGGGCUUUGACCUCUCCUGCAUCACCAACUGCUACCGUGGCAGAUGUCCCCCCUGCUAA